AUGCCUCAAUCAGAGGAGGCGGCCGCUUUCUUCUAUGCGGUGUACAGUGCCGUGCAGGAGAUACCGCCCGGCAAAGUCACGACAUACGGCCACAUUGCCCAUCUAAUCAAGGCAAAGCCCCUGCUAACCCCGGAAUCAGCCCAGAGACCUCGUCAGGUCGGGGUAUGCCUCAAGCAUCUUUCAGAAGACGACAACGCCGUGCAUAACCACAACAAUGUCCCUUGGCAGCGGGUUAUCAAUGCCAAGGGCAUCAUCUCUCCAAGAUCAGCACCAUCGGGUUCGCAGAAUCAGGCUGCUGCACUGAGGGCAGAGGGUGUGACGGUCACGACGGGGGCUCUGGGUGAGCUAAUGGUCGACUUUAAAGAGUACGGCUGGUUCCCCGAGAUGCUGCCGUCUGAGCAAGAGGAAGAACGAGCGUGA